UAGUGAUGAUGUGCUGAUUGGCCUUUUCUACCAAGAUAGUGACAUGAAAAAGGCAUAUGAGAACUUUCCAGAGAUUGUUUUUGUUGAUGCCAUUCACAAGACUAAUGAUAAACGGAUGCCAUUGUAUGUUGUUCUUGUGGAGGAUACCAAUGGUGAGAGUGAAAUAGUGGCAUUGAUAUUGUGUGCAGGUGAGGACGAGGCAACAUUACAAGCAUUGUUUUCAAGGUUUAUUAUGAACAACAGGUCAACCACGGACACUAAAGUUAUUAUGACUGACAAAGACUUUGUAGAAAGAAAGACCUUGAAGAAUGUGUUUCCCUGUGCAGUGAGCACUAUAUGCUUAUUUCAUGUCCUGCGAACAUUUAAAAGGGAGGUGACCAUAGAGAAGAUGGCUGUCACUAGUCAGAUGAGGAUGCACAUUCUGGAAUUAUUGCAGAAGUUGUGCUACUCUCAAACUGAAGAAGAAUACCAAGAGACCUAUAAAAGCUUGCAGAACACUGGUUGUGGCCAAGGUUCUUCAAUAUUUCGAUAAAAAUUGGCACCCGAUACGCAAUGAAUGGGUGGAAGGUUUGAAACAUCAAGCCACAACCUUUGGAAAUUCCACAAAUAAUCGUGUUGAAGCCAUCAAUCAGAAGAUAAUGCAAGUUGUCAAGCGGUAUGCGCCUCUCCACGAGAUGUUUUCUGACCUGCUUACUCUUGUGAACAGUCUGCGUCUUGAACGGGAUCAGAGAGCAAUGGAAGCCUUGCUGAAGGCCCCAGUGGUGAGAAAUUUAACAAGUUGUGAAAAAGAAUACUGCAACAUCUUGACACCAUAUGCAUUUGCUAUAGUCUCCAAGGAACUGAAAAAGGCAAAUGAAAUGGAUUCCUUAGAACAGUAUGCUCAUCUUGAAGUGUCUGAGGAAAGCUGCUCAUGUAGUCUGUCCAAAGCAAUGCGCCUGCCAUGUAGACACACAUUCUUUUACCGUAAGGAGCUUGGUCUACCAAUGUUCUUCGACAACUCAACACCAACAAGAUGGACAAGAAGCUUUUAUAGUCAGUCUUGUCGACUCUUUGACACAGAUCCAACUGUUGCAGGCCACACUAACGUGGUCUCUCAUAUAGCUACAAGAAAGGUCAUGUCAGAGUGUCAGAAGCAUAGACAAGCUAUGACAAUUCUCCUAAAUAUUGCGACACUUGUUGCGGAACUGCCAAUGCGAAAGUAUCAACAAACAGUAGAACUGUUGAAGGCAUUGAAGACAAGCAUCGAAGAAAGAAAAGAGGUGUGCCUUGUUGAAAUAGCAGCACAUGACGGUUCAGACGACGUCAUGCAAGUCAUAGACAGUACAAGCCAGCCCAUGGACAUGCCGGCAUCCAGCAAAGGAACAAAAGUGCCCGUGUCACUACCCACUCUGGAAGGAACGCCUGCAGCAACAUUAGAGCAAGAAUGCAGUGCAAGUGGCCAGCCCAUGGACAUGCCAGCAUCCAGCAAAGGAACAAAAGCGCCCGUGUCACUAUCCACUCUGGAAGGAGCGCCUGCAGCAACAUUAGAGCAAGAAUGCAGUGCAAGGGGCCAGCCCAUGGACAUGCCAGCAUCCAGCAAAGGAACAAAAGCGCCCGUGUCACUACCCACUCUGGAAGGAGCGCCUGCAGCAACAUUAGAGCAAGAAUGCAGUACAAGUGGUUCUGUGGACCACCUCGGCCAUAUCAAGUUGCCAGCUACAAUGAAGCACUGUGGAAGGCCAAAAAGAAGGGGGCAGACCGUUAUCGGUCUUCCCACAAAACGAAGGUGCACACGCCCAGUUUCAUUUACUAAGAAGGCACCUGCUGACCGUGCGAAAGUCAUGCUUGGAUGGCUUGUGGACAGCUGCAAUUUGGAAGCUGCAAUGAAUGGCACCAAGAUUUCUGAGCAUAUGGUGGAAGUAUUGCCAAAAAAGGUGUCCUCGGCAAUUUUAGAUGAUGCCUGCAGUUUGGCAGACAUAAAGCCAUACUUUGAUGAUGAUGCCUGGCUCUGUGUAAUGGCAUUAGUAGAAAUGAAGAAGAGAAAACCGGUAUGGUUCUGCCCCACAUGCAAAAAACUUAUUGGCUAGGCGGACUCAGUAUGUUGUGAUUCCUGCCUGGAAUGGAGACAUUUGAAAUGUGCAUGUCUUGAUGGUUUGCCAAAAUCAAGUACAUGGUUUUGCAGAGAUUGCCACCAAUAAAGGAUGACACCCUUGUUGCCACUUCAUUGUUGUAUUUUUAUUGCAAUAAAGCUAUCUGUAGUGAUUUGGAAAAAUAGUUCAAAUUUUGGCCUUCGAAACCUGUACGAACCAUGCAACUUGUAAAACCACUGGCAUUGCUACCAUCGUAGUCCCACUGUCAGAAUCAUUGCUGUGGCAAGAAUACG